AUGGAGUCCUCCGAAUCUGACUCUGCUGGCGAUACCCCGCGUGGACUGGACAUGCCGCUGCUCUCGGCUCAGAAGGGCAUGUCGGUCUCGGUGCCGAAGCCAACGUCGUCCAACUCGUCCGACUCGGACGAGCCGAAAGCUUCGGCCUCGGCCUCGUCACCCGUUGCAAUCAUGGCCACCUCUGCAUCUGCAGCCUUUCCCUCCACCUCGGGCGUCUCGCCGUCUUCACCUUCGCCGUGUCCGCCUCGCUCGCCACAACGUGGCUCACGCCACAACCCGCUCUCGUCGCCUGUCGUCCGCCUCGACCCGGAGGCUACCGCCCUCGUCACCCCGCAGGGCUCAGAGGUCUUUGGUUCGGAGGUCUUUGGCUCUGUCCCGGUUCAUGCCGCGGUGGCCCGUGCCCUUGCUGCAGACGACGAGUUUGCCUCUCCCUCGGCUGCCGGCGAGCUCGGGACCUCCUUCGGCAGUGUUGCCGCGGCGCGGAUGUCCCCUAUGGUCUCGGCGGCCGUCGCCUCGAUCCUGCCGCCGUCACCUGACGGUGCCACACCCAUGGCUUCGGGCAUUGCCGCCCACGCCUCGUUUGCUCGCCCCACCCCCGACCGCCCCAUCGCCACCUCGCCGUCGGUUCCGGACCAGCCGGUCCUCCUCACCCGCACCUACGACGAGGCCGGGGCGUCGGACCACCCGGCGUCGUCAACCUUCUCGCGGGUCAUCAUCGUCCACCCUGACUCGGAGCGGUCGCAGAUGGAGCGGCACGUGUGCGAACAGCUCCACAAGGCGCUUGAGCUCCGGUCCAAGUAUGUCCACAAGCUCCCGGAGAUGUACGCCGACAAGCCGGCGUCGCCGGGCAUGCCGUUUGACCCGUGGAAUGCGCCGAUGCCCGAGCCGCUCGACGCCGCGUACGUCCUCGAGUCGCGCGAGGGUGUGUACUUUGCCGUCAAUCCCGAGACGAGCGAGGCCGUUGGUGGCGACGUCGUGCCGGACAAGACCGAGUUCUCGCACGACCUCGCCUGGCUGUCAGCCACCGUCAACGAUGGGCCGGUCCGCUCGUUUGCCUGGCGGCGGCUCAAGCUCUUGGAGGCUCGCUACGAGCUGCACAAGCUCCUCAACACCGACCACGAGCUCAUCGAGGCCAAGCAGACCUCACACCGCGACUUUUACAACGUCCGCAAGGUCGACACCCACGUCCACCACACCUCGUCCAUGAACCACAAGCACCUCCUCCGUUUCAUCAAGCACAAGCUCAAGUCCGAGCCCAACACGGUUGUCGCCGUCUCGGAAGACGGCAAGGAGGAGACGCUGGCUGACGUCUUCAACAAGGUCGGACUCACCGCAUACGAUCUCUCCGUCGACCACCUCGACAUGCACGCUGGCCAGUCGCACAACCUCUUCCACCGCUUCGACCGCUUCAAUGCCAAGUACUCGCCCAUCGGCCUCAACCAGCUCCGUGUCAUCUUCCUCAAGACCUCGAACCACAUCAAGGGCCGGUUCCUCGCCGAAAUCACCCACGAGCUGUUCGAGGACUUCCAGCAGGCCAAGUAUCAGUUUGCCGAGUACCGUAUCUCCAUCUACGGCAAGGACCCCGGCGAGUGGGCUUCGCUUGCCUCGUGGUUUUCCGACCACAAAAUCGCCUCGCCGCACGUCCGCUGGCUCAUCCAGGUUCCACGCCUCUACGCGGUCUACAAGGCCUCUGGCCUCAUCUCCUCGUUUGGCGAGAUGCUCGACAACAUCUUCCGCCCGCUCUUCGAGGUCUCGCUCAACCCCGAGUCCAACAUCAAGCUCCAUAACGUGCUGCAGCAGAUUGUCGGCUUUGACUCGGUCGAUGACGAGUCCACCCCCGACGUCCCGCUCUCUGGAGUCUUCCCCUCGGCCUACGACUGGACGGUGCCCGAGAACCCGCCGUUCUCCAUGUACCUCUACUACCUCUACGCCAACCUCGCCUCGCUCAACCAGCUCCGCGCUCUCCGCGGCCUCAACACUUUCAAGUUCCGCCCGCACGUCGGCGAGGCUGGCUCGGUUGACCACCUCGACGCCGCCUUUCUUCUUGCCAACGGCAUCAACCAUGGCAUCAAUCUCCGCAAGUCGCCGGCCAUGCAGUAUCUGUACUACCUGGACCAGGUUCCAAUGGCCAUGUCGCCGCUCUCCAACCACGCCCUCUUUGUUCAGAUCUCGCGCUCGCCGCUGCCGCGCUUCUACGCGGUCGGCCUCCCUAUCUCGCUCUCGUCGGACGACCCGCUGCAGUUCCAUCUCUCUCGCGAAGCGCUGCUGGAGGAGUAUGCCUCGGUCCUGCAGUCCGGUUUCGAAGACCCGGUCAAGCGCUACUGGCUCGGCAACAACUACAAGGCUGCCGGCGCGUCCGGCAAUGACAUCUCGCUCUCCAACGUGCCCAACAUUCGGCUUCUCUUCCGCUGGGAGCUCCUGCUCGGCGAGCGCCAUCUGGUGGUCUCGGAGGCGAGCCUCGAGCAGUAA